CGUGGGUGAGUGUGAGGUGCGCGCCAGUGUUGCUGGAACAGGUCUGGGGCUCCUUACUCCUCUACAACACAUCACUGGCGGCUGGAGUUGCUGGUAAUACUACAUACUAUAUAUAUAUAUAAUAUAUACACACGCUCCAAUUUGGUGACGGACGAAUUUGUGGUUACUUCUGUUGCUCGACUCCUGAUGUCUGCAAAUCUUCAAGACAGCACACUUUCACGUACUUAUUUACUUGUGGCAUUGGCUCUGAGCCCAGCUAAGGGCAAGGUGAACUGACCUUGUUGGGUAGCAGCAGAAAACAAGAGCACGAGAAUAGGGUCAUAUCCUUGGUGUUCACCUUACUGGUGUCUAUAGCCUAGCAGUUGUAUGUCUCCAGGCUACAUGAGUCCUUACUCGCCAAACCUAACCAAUGGUGCCUCCUACUCACUCUCACAUUCAUCAUCAAACUAUCAUCCUACAUCCCUUACUGUAACUUCUCCUCCACUCCCACCAGGAUAUUCUCCAUCUAAUUAUAGUCUUCAUCAUUCACAAAUACAAGGAUCCUCACCAGUGUAUUCGUCUAACUUUCCAACAGCACAAGCCCACUCUGCCAUCUCUCCUCCAGAUUACCAUCCUACAUGGAUUCCAAGGGCCCCAACACCACCCAGAUAUUCUCCAACAUCUCCCACUUACACCACUUUUGCCCCACUAGAAUAUUCACCAAACUGCCCAUCUUACUCUUUUUCCUCAUCAUCUGAACCUGCUUCUCCUCCUAUUUACCAACCUUCUUGGAUUCCUAGAGGAAACCAGACUACAUCAGAAUCUACUACCAACAAACUUCCAUCAACAAGAGAUGAAUAUGUACCAACUCAGCCAUCACCUGAAAUAAUGGCCUCUUACAGCUCCACUUCUCCCCCACCGUACCGUCCCACAUACAUACAUAAUGGGGCUCAAGCAUUGCCAGAAUAUGUACCAUCUCCCACAAAUAGUGUGUGCUCCUUAGGCUCAGACGAAUCAUCCCUUGCCUAUACACCUGAAUUACCCCACUACAGACCAACUUCUCCUUGCAUUCAACUUUCAUCAUCGUAUUCUUCCAAGUUUCCUUCCUUCCAGACUUGUCAUUCUUAUGUUCCCUCCUCCAAAUUAGGUUUUCUACCAGACACUGCUGGUUCUUGUGCCACCAGCCCCAAUACACCACCACCACCACCAUCUUAUUCUCCAGCCAGUUCAGUAUGUAGUUCCACAUCUUUGCGUUACUCUCCGUCAAGUUUGCCAUAUACACCUAUUACGUUGUCUCCACCUCGGCACACUGUAUCAUCAGCUUCUUAUUCUCCAUCAUCUCCUGGUUACUCCUAGCUAAUCUAGCUUAGCAUUAUUCUUCCCAAGUAUUUUUAUUCUACAUAUAAGGUUCAGUACUUCCAGCCACAAGUCCUCCAAAAUUUUAACUGUUAUAUAUUCUAAUGACAAGAAUGUACUUCCAGUAUCAUUUUGGAGUUAGAAGGAAAAAAAAAGUAUGAACUGUUUUGAUGAACAGUGUUUUAAAAUACAUGGUCCAGUUUUUGUAUUAAAUUUUAACUACAGCAUACAGAAAGGCAAUUUGACUUCAUUGUCAUUUUCCUACCAAAUGUUGAAAAUGUUGUCCAUAGUAUUUCAUGUUCAAGACCCAAAUACAAAAUGUUAGUGCUUGGUGGUGAAGCUUAUUGUCAGAGCCAUCUGUAGCAGUCAUUUUUUUUUCUGGUCUUAGUAUGUUGUGUGCUUGAAUAAUGUCAGAAUUUUGCUAGUUCAUCAAUAAUUUGUUUUGUACAAUUUCUUUUCGUGCAUAGAAUAUUUAGUUUUCAGAUAACAAGUACUAAAUCUUUUAUAGAUGCUCAAAAUGAAAUGAUAAUUUUUUUUAACACGGUUCUAGAUACCCUAGAAAGUUGGCUGUUAAAAUUUUUAAAUUUUAUUUCAUACCAUAUACACACAGAAAUCACAAUAGCCUGAUUUGUGUGUGUAAUGAAGUAAGAGCGAAGAGAUAGAAUAGCUUAUUGACAAAGCUCGAGUGCAUGGGGGAAUUGUGUAAAAUCCUGGUUUGUGUCUCGGAGUCUGCAGGAUCCGUGUGAGGUCAGUUGAACUCCCGGUUGCAGUUCUUUUACCAUGUCGUAGCACAGUCGAUUAAGGCACGUCUGGGAUCCUCUCCUACGUAGGUUCGAACCAUCAUCACGGCCCUUGUGGAUUUGUUCAUACCAUAUAUAUAAUAUCUCACUAUUACAAUUAUCAUCCAUACAGUGAUUACAAUGUGUAGUAAAUAUUUGUGUAUACAGUGUACUCUCUAACUACCACCUAAAAUUGGUGUGUUAAAGGGGAUAUACUGUACAUAAUAGCCAGCUGAAAGUCGGUAUAAAAUUUAUAUAAAAUCUUGAUAAUACUGAUAAGUUGCAAGUCUGGUCGAGGACCGGGCUGUGGGGACGCUAAGCCCCGAAAUUGUUCUCAAGAUAGCCUCAAGAAGAUAUACUAGAAGGGGGGGGGAGGGUUUACCCAGUGUUGAUCAGGUGACAGAGGCCACAUCUUCACUGCACUUUCAUAACUGUCUUUACUACACAACAAUCACCACUAACCAACUGUAAUAUAAAUGACCAUCCUCAUUACUGAAACUAUUUUCAUUAAUUACCGUGACCAUCAUCACUAUCUGGGCACCACUGGGUUCCCCAGCUACAAGCUUCCCCUAACCCUUCACCACCUUCCCUGCCUUUCACCACAUUUUCAUCACUGUAACCAUCUGUACUGAGCUGUCAUCAAAAACACAACUAUAUUAGACAAACAUUUUAUUAUUGUGUAGAAUAUGAUAUGCUUGAUGAAUUUUAGUGAGGAUGGAAACUGGUUAUUUAGCUAGGUUGGAAAAUAGCUUAAAAGAUUGGGAUCAACCUGACCUGCCUAUGACCAACCCUGGUCAAAGACCAGUCACACUACAAAACUUUGGAGAGGCUAACUCCAAGCGUCUGGCCCCCCAACCUCGGACACAUUCUCUUUUCUAGGUAUAAAAGUUAAAAAAAAUUUAACUGGGCUCUUAACAGGAAUGCCAUUGCUGGAUCUUUACCUGUAUAAAAUCAGUUUAUCUGCAGGACUAUCUUAAAGGUCAUAUGCAAUUAGAAAUUUGUUAGAUUGCAUUAGUUGUCUUUUCUAGCAGUCUAGUAGUUUUAGCUGAGAAAACUUAUGCUGGAGGAGCCCCUUGUGGCUCCCUGAAGCCAUGAUACCGAGAUGGCUCCCAGCUACUAGAUCAAAUCAGCCAUGGAGUUCUGUUUGGCCUAUCAGGGACCAGAGCCAGAAUCUGGCCACUGCCUCUUUCUGAAGUGUCUUUACUGCUAUCUUUAUGGUGAGCAGGUGGCUAAAUUGAUGGUGUCCCACAUCUGUUUUCCUGGUGACAGUGUGAAGAAAUUUGGCACUUUUUUUUGACACUUCCUGUCCCUUUGUCAUCAUUCUUCCAUUUCAGAAUCUGUAUUAUGCAUUAUUUCACCUCUGGCCUGCUGAUAUGCCAUCUGAGCCUUUCUGGUCUCUUGACCAUGUUCUCAUCUUUCUUUCCCACAGUUUACAGUUCCCCCUUUGAUUCAUGAUUUUUUCUUAAAGCCAAUUUUUCUGUUGGUGCUAGCCUGCAAUUGUAGGGUUGGGAAGCUACAUGCUCUUUACAGGAGGCAGGGCUUUUUUUUUUUCCCUGGUGGACAUUGUUCAUUUGCAGCUGUCUCCUUCUUUUCUGGCAAAGAAUGAGUUGUGUGCUUCCAAAGAGGUUGAUGCUUGGUUGGUUCAGUCGGGUGUGCUUCAUGUGCUGUGUCUGGUGGUGGAGGGGGGGCUCUGCCACUACCUUUGUGCCACCGAUUCUGCUUCAAUGGACAAUUUGUGGGUUUAUCCUUUUUCCGUAAUUUCCCUGUUCCAAGGCUCAUGUUUCUUAACACUUUCGCGCUUAGGAUUAUCCAUGAGUCGUCACCGUAUUUUCUUACGUUUCCGCAUAACAGACGACGCCUGUAGUCCAUCGAAAAAAUAUUUGUAUAAAAUCCAUUUAUUAUCCGAUCAACUUGGGAAUAGUAUACAAAUGUUUGCCAUGAAAUUUACGUUUUCUCUAAUAGCCGAACAGCUUAUAAAAGAAAACGG